AGUGUCCAAUCUAAUUUUCAUUUAAAUUAUUAUAAUCAAGUUCUUGUGCUUUAAUUAGUUUUUCGUACCAAACUUUCCAAAUAUCUCUCAAAAAAUGGCAUCAUGGGUUUUCUGUGACCUGGAAGACAUGAGAAGCACACCAUCCUGCAAGGAUGGAAUCAGUGUGGAGACAGAAUCUCGAUACCGAUCAGAUGGGGUCAAAUUCAUUAAGGAUCUUGCGGGAGAAUUGAAAUUGGGUUACAGAACUACAGCAACGGCAAUCUUUUUUUUUCAUCGAGCUUUCAUGAGCCUCUCUUUUAAGGAAUAUCCUCGAUAUAUUACAGCAUGCAGUUGUUUAUUUAUUGCUGGAAAAUCAGAAGAAACUCCUAAGCGAAGCAGUGCUUUUAUGAAAGCGGUGCAAUCUUUACGAUCCAGAGAGAAAUACAAGUUCAUUGGUGACAUUUCUGCAGAAGAUAUGGUUUCAUUCGAAUGCGUCGUGAUGUUUACUAUAAACUUUGAAUUCCAAGUGAGACACCCUUACAAAUACAUAGUGAAGUACGCGAAAAUUUUGGCAGGCGAUAAGACUUUACUACAACAAGUGGUUCAAACUGCUUGGAUUUUUGUAAAUGAUAGUCUGCACACGCCUUUGUGUAUACAAUGGGAACCGGAAGUAAUAGCUAUUGCUCUACUUCACUUAUCAGCAAAAAUGAACAAAUUUGUUGUCGUGGAUUGGAAAGGACGAAAUAAACAAAAACAGAAGAAAAAGUGGUGGGAUUUGUUUGUCGAAGGAUUGGACGAGGCUGUGCUGGACAAUAUUGGACAUCAGGUGCUUGACUUAUACAAUACGAAUCCGAAAUCUUCGAGCUUCCUUGACUCGACAGCUUCAAUUUCAGCCAACGGUGAAGUUGAAUCAAGAUCAAGAGACGCUGAGUUGGUAACAUCGUUUUCAUCUAAUGUUGUUGACAUCUUAGGGCUACCAGUGGAUUUUUCUGUACCACCACCAAUAUCCGCAAAACCACCAUUAUCCGUAAAACCAACAAUACCUACACAAACAAGACUUUCCGGGCACCAACUUCCUGUUCCUGUACAUUCCCCAUUUUCUCUACACUCACUUAACUCGCCAGCUUCAGUUUCGUCUAAAGAUGGAUUUGAAUUAGAACCAAGUGAUGCUGCUUCAUCGGUAACAACUUUUUCGUCUAAUAUUUCUCAAAUCUCUGGAAUACAAGUGGAUUUUUCUGUACCACCACCAUUAUCCGUCCAACAACAAAUACCUACACAAACGAAACUUCACAGACACGAACUUCCUGUUAGUGUACAUCCAUUUUCUCUAAACCCAUUUGCUUCGCCAGCUUCAAUUUCAUCUAAAGAUGGAUUUGAAUUAGAAGCAUGUGAUACUGCUUCAUUGACAACAUCGUUUUCGUCUAAUAUUUCUCAAAUCUUUGGAAUACAAGUCGAUUUUUCUGUACCACCACCACCAUCAUCCGUAAAUCCACCAAUAACUGCAACAACUACACUUCCUGGACACCAACAUCCUGUUUCUGUAGAGUCACCAUUUUCAGUACCUCCCCCAAAUUUUAAAAGUUAUCCUUCUUUCGGACAUUCUAGGUUUAAUGCACCGCCUAAUGUCCAAUUUCACAAUCCUCCAAAGACUGCAAUGCCUUUUAACAAUUUUCCUCCCACGUGUUGUUCCCCUUUUGCCUAUCAACCAAUGGCAUAUCCUUCAGUUUAG